AUGGCUACCCUUAGUGUCCUUACCUUUGAUGCUGAGGGUCGUGCUGUUGACUUCGAGGUCUGGGUCGAUGACCUACAGCUCUUCCUACAGUGCGAUAGGGCAGACGGACUCUCCUUGUUCGAUCUCACCUAUGGUGCCUCUCCUGCCCUGCCUGCUAAUGCUGACAGCACUGUUCGCUCACAGUGGGCCACACGCGAUGCUGCUGCCCGUCUUGCUGUGCGUCGCCAGUUACCGACCGCUGAGCGUGCGCAGUUUAGUCAUAACAAGAGUGCUAAGACCUUGUACGGCGCUGUAGUUGCACGCUACUCUUCCCCUGCCACUGCUGCUCUUAGCCGCCUCAUACUGCCGUACAUGUUCCCUGACCUUGCUACCUUUCCCAUAGUCGCUGACCUCAUUACGCACCUUUGCACUAGUGACACUCGCUACCACGCUGCGCUUCCUGCUGAGUUCUGUGCCAAGAACCCUCCCCCCAUGUACAUCACCCUCUACUACAUAGUCACCCGACUCCCUGACUCCCUUCGCUUAGUCAGGGACCACUUCCUCUCAGUUUGCCCCACCACACUCACCGUUGACCUCCUCGAGGAGCGCCUCCUAGCAGCAGAGAAGAGCAUAGUCACUGUAGGAGCCUCUCGUGGUGACCCUCGUACCCCUAUCUUUGAGGGGUGUUCCCCCUCCCCCCUCUUGCCCUCUGUUGCUUCUGCUGCUGUGGCCGACCUCGUUGGCUUCGAGUCGGUCGGAGCUGCGUCUGCCCCUAGCCGGAGACGCCGCACUGGAAAGGGCAAGGGGGGCAAGGGCGCUGGAGGGGCUGGCGGGGGCAGUGGAGGUGGCGGUGGAGGAGGCGGAGGGAGUGGGGGUGGUGGUGAAAGUGGUGGCGGAGGUGGGCGCUUCGGUGGCGGCGGUGGCGGCGGAGGCAGCGGUGGCGGUGGCGGUGGGAGCAGAGGAGGAGGCGGUGGGAGCGGAGGAGGAGGCGGUGGCGACGGUGGCGGAGGUGGCGGCGGAGGAGGUGGAGCUAGUCGGGGUGGCUCUGCGCAGCGGGGCAGCUUCGGUGGUGGUCAGCGCCAGCAGCAGCAGCGCACUCGUGAGACCCCGCCCCCCCAGCAGCUUCGUGAAUUGUUGGGGGUUGCUAUCUUUGAUCUUGAUUAUGAUGCUAUUCUUGCUGCCAUGUAUGCUGUGUCUACUAGUGAUGAGGGUGACUGUUACCUAUGUGUUCCGCCUGACCCGGGCAUUGAGGCUGCUGCUCUAGAUACUGGUGAGGCUGCUGCUCUAGGUGCUAGUGCGUCUGCUGCCCCAGGUGCUGGUGAGUCAGCUCUCUCAGGUACCACGUCAGCUCAGGCCUUACACACCUUCACCCUUGACUCGGGUGCUUCCCGCUCCUUUCGAGACCGCACAACGCUUACGCCGCUUAGUCGGCCGGUUGCUGUGAGGAUAUAG